AUCUAUUAUGCUCCUCUCAACUUCUAAUUUUGUAACAAUCACAUAUCUAGGUCAAGCAAGCAUAGCACAUGAGUUACAUGUGCAAUCUGACGCGGGCCCUACAUUGACCAAGCCAAUGAGAAUGCGCCAAGCAUCUCAACACUACAAGAGAAAAAACAAGAUUGGGCUGCAGACAAUGUGGCGGACGUUAGAGCCGACGACCCUAACCCUGGCUUUCACCAUCAAUUCACAACUUCAUUUGCUUAAUGCCAUCGUCGAUUCACAAACACAAACUAAGCUGAGCCACCAUCAAUUCAAAAACACGAAUCAACAUUUUUGUGCUCGAUGCCACCGUUUCAGUGCAACAUGAAUCGUCACUACAAAGGAGGAAAGUGAAGAUAGCAAAGGAGGAAGGCAAUACUCGAUGUCGUCGAUUCAAAACUCUGUUUGCUCGGUAUCGCCGUCAAUUCACUAACACAAAUCAACAUUUCCAUGCUCAGUGCCAUCGUUUCCAUGCAACACGAAUCGUCGCUACCCUUUGCCACCUUCAAUUCACAAACACAAACUCCGAUUGCUUAAUGCCAUCGUCAAUUCAAUGACAAGGAAUGCGAAACUAGGGUUGGUCAGCAACAAAGAAAGAAAGACCAAGGUCAGUCGACAACAAAGAUGAUGAAGGUCGGCCUAGUCAAGAAAGGUGAGAAGUUGAUCAAGUCAAGGAAGGCAAAAGGUCACCGGUGACAAGAAAGAUGAAAGGCCCCUGGCAUUGGGAAUGAGGAAAAAGAAGAUGAUGGUGUUACCUUCACGCACCUCAACCGGGCAUAUAUUUCACGCGCUAUACUUAAUGGACCCAAGUGUGUGAUUGUUACAAAAUUAAAAGUUGAGGGGCAUAAUAAACUCAAAAUUGAACUUGGAGAAGUACAAUAAGUUCAACUUGUAGUUAAGAAAGCCAAAUAGCCUUUUUACUCAAAGUUGAGGGGCAUUUUUAUGCCUUUUGCCUUAUUAUAAUGAAAAAUAGAGUUUAGAGAAACGGGAGAUGCUAUUAGAUGGCAGCAAGCUCAUACCCUGAAACACCUGAAAAUUCAUAUAGGAUCUGCUAAAGGGGACAACGCAGAAUCAGAAACAAACUGAGAAAAGCUUAGCCAACCACGGUGAACAUAAAAGGAAAAGGAUAAGAGCAAGAAUGCAUGGGCCAAUCUGAGGACAAUAUUUGGCUACUCUCUGUAUAUAUGCGUGUGUUUCUUGUUUUUGUUUUCUGGGUGGUUGGGCAUCCUCUAGGUGCAUAAGACAUAAGAGAGAAUAGUUUUGUUCAUUCCCUUUCAUGGGUGGCAUUUGAGAUUAUUUUUUAGUUUUAAUUUUCAAGAGGUAAUCGUCUUAUCUUACCGAGAACUAAUGCCAUACCAAGUUUUUUUUUUUUUUUUUACUGGGACAAGAAAAACGACAAAAUCAGACUCCAAAGACGUUUAGAAUAUCUCGGUGCAUAUUUUAUAGGGGUAGAAAUUCAUUUUGUUGGCGCAUCUAUCUCACUGAGUACGCCUGGAAUUGGGGGAUCUAAUCCCCCACUACCAGGGCCUAUUCUCUAGGAAAUCCACUUGCUGAUGAUAUUAUAAAAUGACAAAAGAGAGGGAGACAUUUCAAGAAUUGGUAAAGAGCUUGCCCUAAGGACGCUCCACUGAUUCUCUUCCAACCUCCUAGCCUCCUUUUUAUACCUCCUGUAAAGAUGAAUAUAAUAUAUAUUGGCCAACUUGCUCCCUCCCACCACCUUGCCUUUAUAAGCAGCUGCCAUGGCAAUAUCCACCCCAUACCAUCCCCUUGACUCCAGUCUUCUCCCUUGACUGAGGCAGCUCUCUGCUGCUUUCUAGGUUUUGCUGACUGUUUCACUCUUUUUCACUUCAAUUCCAAACUGCAUGGCCAGUUGAUCUUCUUCCCACACUCAAAACUCAUCUUGACUACCACUACCUACAUUUUCACCCACUAAUAGAAAUGGCAUCAAGUUCUGUCACUUCUUGGACACGGAGGGAGAACAAGCAAUUUGAAGAGGCUCUAGCCUUCUUCGACAAGGACACCCCAGAUCGCUGGCAAAACAUAGCCAGGGCUGUGGGUGGGAAGACGGUGGAGGAAGUGAAGCGCCAUUAUGAGAUCCUUGUGAAGGACAUCAUACAAAUUGAAUCUGACAAAAUACCUUUGCCCAAUUACAGGUCUACAGGGAGAAGUGGUAGAAGAUAAUUGAUGGUAACCUUCUCUCUGGCUACUACAAUUAUAGUGUCCGUGCAUUGAAGCUCUCGUAGAUUCUUGUUUGAUAUUUCAUCAUAUGGCUCUAGUAACUAACUUCUUUUGUAAAUGGGAGUCUUCCUUGUAUUGAGCUAGGAUGUUUUGCCACAAUAUUCAACCAUCUACCAUACUAAGAAAUUUAUGCAUACCUUCAGUUCAGUUGAGUACUAUCCCUGGCCCAUUGGCUACUUGAGCCAAUAACUAGAAGUCCACCAGGUUGAGUGUCUACCAGAUACAGUGAUACAUGUAAAUUAAAUUUGGAAAAAUAUGAUGUUUAUCAGAAAGAAAAAAAUACUAGAAACAGCACUAAACGACCAGUCAAGAAUUUCAGAACAUUGUGAAUGAGAUAUAAUAGAAUAUCAUUCCAAAGACUCAUUAGAAACCAUAAAUUGUUAAAAGAAACUUCCCCCUUUCUACGUCUAGAAUUGAAAAUUAUUUUCAAGUUUUUUUUAGGUAACUUUGUGAUAUCCAGUGGUAAUUAAACCUACGUACCAGGUACUGAAACCCCUCCAAAAGUGAGAAAAACUAUGGUUAAGUGCAGUGAUAAUUUAUAAAAAUCUAUCACGCCUACUCAACAUCCCAAAUGAAAACCACAUGAAAUCUAAUCCUGCUUGUUUUAGAUCACAUGCACAUGGUCCUAUCUUUAAUGCUCCGACCACCUCAUUGCAUAUAAAUUUAAUAAAUUAGAUGGUGAUUCUUGUCUUGAUAAGGAUCACAUAUUGAGGCGUCAUAUUUUUUUAUUGAAUGUCCACAUUCCUCUGUAACCCCUCAUUUCCCCAGCUUGUGCUCACAACAAUACUUCUUGGAACUAGAUAAAUGUUUAGCAGCAUUUAUAUGGGAAAAUAAAAAGGAGGAGGAGGAGGAGGAGGAAGAAUAAGAAGCCCUUUGUACCGCGAAGAUCUAGGUGUGAAUCAAAAAGGCAAUCGCCACAUUCUCCUUAGCCUUGUAUGUAUGAAAACAAAGUCAAAUGUUGCACUGCUUGCUGUAACUUAUCUGGAAGAGAAGCUGGAAGUUCGAUUCCUUCAACUUACGCAAUUUAAAAUAUUUGUCCGCUCCCUAAGUCUAGUGUUGGUAUGUGCAUGGUUAACAUAAAGUGGAGAGCAAGUUAUAGUUGUGAUUAAGUGGAUCCGAGAAUUGGUGUAAAAUAUAAUUAAGGUUCCUUGUAAUAAACUGCCCCAAAUUAUAAAAAUAACAUCAUAAUUUGUUUAUAUAUGCAUCAAUGUUUUAAACAACUAAUGCUUCUUUUAUCCUUCCUAUGUCUUAUUUUCUAUCUGACAGGAUUCCAAAGAAUCUAAAGUUCCAUUGAAGUUGCAGUAAGAUGUAUCAUGGGCAAAUUUUAUAAUGAGAGAAGAUGCAUAUCAAUAAAUAAAAUGCAUUUCUUUGAAGCUGGUAUUGUGUUCACUUUUUCUUUUAUUUUUCCAGUGUUUGUUGAAUCAGAGUAAUGAAUGUAACAGAGAGGAAGCAGUUAACCUGCGUAACAAUUUAUAUCUUCCAGUCCUGCUCCUACUGUAAUGAGUUCUCUAAUCUAAAUAUGUAACAUAUUUUGAGCUUUUUUCCCAUCAGGUUGUGGUUGUCAAUUUUGUUUGUUGAUUUAGACAGUUGAACAAUCAAAUCGAGUAAAAGCAGAAAAGAUGAAGAAUUGGUACCUUCUUC